GGGACGAUAGAAUUCUUAUAUCGGGAUAUGAGAUUUGGUCAUAUCGCACAGCCCUACUUCAUGACAUUUAAAGCUUCCUUUCUAUGUAACCUCAAUAUUCCCAUCAGUUUCCCCCUAAAUAUUUUAUUAUACAAGUUGUACUGAUGAAAAUACACAACAGAUCAUAUUUUUUCUUUCUUUUGUUUUGCUUUGAGAACGAGCUGGCUAUUCACAGUGAAAAUCUUGUCCAACAGGUACAGCUGGGUCUGCCAGCAUUUGGGUUGUACGUGAAGGAGAGGAUCUUUCACUUUAUAAUCUUUUCACUGUGUCUGGAAACACAAAGUUCUUCUGCAAGGAAAAAUGUGAGCGAGCAGAAAACAUCCUCAUUAAAACAGAUGAAACCACAGCUCAGAGCGGCAGAUACAGCAUUAAAUACAAAGAUGCAGCUUCAGGAAGAGGAAGCCUGACUUUUACCAUCACAAAUAUGAGAAAGUCUGACUCAGGAAUGUACCGGUUUGGUUUGGGUAAAUCUUCAGCUCCAGAUUCAUACUCAGACUUUGAGGUCAGAGUUUCAAAUGAAAUUGCUAAAAACUCUAGAGUCUCCCGUGCACAGAGUGAGGGAGAAGAAAUCUCAUUUCCAUGUGCCACUGCUGUCCAGGCACAGAGGAAGUUCCUUUGUAAGAAUCCGUGUGAGAAAGAAGGAAAUAUCUUCAUUGACACAACUAAUGACAAAGUUCAGAAUGGCAGGUACAGCAUUGAAUACACAAAAGGAUCUGGGUUUGAACUUCUAGCAACCAUCAGACAUCUGACCAAGUCUGACACGGGACAGUACAGGUGUGGUUACGGGGACCCUUUAUCUCCUGAUUCAUAUGACACUGAAAUUAUUUUGGUUGUAGAUGUGGUGACUUACACUUCUACUCAGGUCUGCGCCUUCAAAGGAUCAACAGCAGAAAUACACUCCAAAUUCAGAUACCUAUCGACUAUAAAUGACAUAAAGACAAGAAUCCAGAAAAUGUUCUGGUUUACUACAGUCAAAGAUAAUGAGCCUGUGGACCUGAAAACAGAUCCAGAGUAUUCAGGUCGAGUUCAGUAUCAGUGUGAAAACAACGACUGCACUCUGAGAAUCUCAGACCUGAGAGAGAGCGACUCAGCUGAGCACAAGUUCAUGCUCAUAACAAACGAUCCAGGAGGGAAAUAUACUGGAUCACCUGGAGUCACUUUGACUGUUACAGAUCCACAGCUCCAGGUACAUGUGAGGAGAUCAACAGUAAACUCUUAUUCUAACUGGACAGAGCUGACAUGUCACAACAACUGUCAGCUACCUGAUCAAUCUUCCUACAUCUGGUACAGGAAUGGACACAAACUUUCAUCAGAAAAACAAUAUUUACAGCUGAACACAUUUGAUACUGUAGACAGUCUUUACUGUGCUGUGAAAGGAUAUGAGCCAUUCCCUUCUCCAACAGUGUAUGCUCCAAAGCUUCCCUCUGUGUCAGUGAGUCCCUCUGCUGAGAUAGUGGAGGGCAGUUCAGUCACUCUGACCUGUAGCAGUGAUGCUAACCCAGCAGCUAGUUACACCUGGUACAAGGAGGAUGUCAUCAACCCUCUCAGUUACCAAAACCAACAUGUUUUCAGCUCCAUCCUGCUCUCUGACUCUGGAAAGUAUUACUGUACAGCUGAUAAUGACCUGGGACAAAAGAGAUCUGAAAGCAGAAUUAUUGAUGUGAAAUAUGCUCCUAAGCUUCCCUCUGUGUCAGUGAGUCCCUCUGCUGAGAUAGUGGAGGGCAGUUCAGUCACUCUGACCUGUAGCAGUGAUGCUAACCCAGCAGCUAAUUACACCUGGUACAAGGAGGAUGUCAUCAACCCUCUCAGUUACCAAAACCAACAUGUUUUCAGCUCCAUCCUGCUCUCUGACUCUGGAAAGUAUUACUGUACAGCUGAUAAUGACCUGGGACAAAAGAGAUCUGAAAGCAGAAUUAUUGAUGUGAAAUAUGCUCCAAAGCUUCCCUCUGUGUCAGUGAGUCCCUCUGCUGAGAUAGUGGAGGGCAGUUCAGUCACUCUGACCUGUAGCAGUGAUGCUAACCCAGCAGCUAACUACACCUGGUACAAGGAGGAUGAAAAUUUACCAAAAGCAUUUGGACAGAACUUCACCGUCACCAAGUUCAGACCUGAACACAGUGGGCGUUAUUACUGUGAAGCCCAGAACAAGCUGGGACGUCAUAACUCCACCUUACAGCAGACCAUUGUGCCAGGUAAUCAUUUAUAUUUACAUACUGGAUACACUCAGAAAGGAGUGCAGUCAAAAAGUCAGGCACAAUCUACAUUCAUGCACUAUGUCUAAUUAUUGGAUGGCACUAGAAUUUAUAAUAACAGAUCACUGUCAAAAUACCUCAGCACAGAUAGAACUGUAUUGCUACCUAAAUGCACACAUGUACAAGUAUUUAUUUUGCCAAAAUGUUUCCCCUUCAGUGUUGUAUGGACUCAUAGUGUUGCUACAGAUAAUUAAACCAGA